UCUUCCGCCGUUGGCCAUUACACAUCUGCUCUUCUUCGAUUUUGCUUCAGUUUUGUUUCCAAAAGAAUAUUAAAGUAGAUGCAAAUCAAUUUUCUUUGUUUCCUUUGUUUGUAAUCCAUUGUUGGAUUGAGAGUACGGUGAUUUCCGAUGAUUCCAAGCUCCGCCGCUUUUAUCACGAUGCCUUCGAUAGAGCAAGAAGCAGUCUUCGAUUUGAUUAACUAUCUAUGGAUGAUUUUGAUUUGUGCUUUGGAAAUUUCAUGAAGAGCAAAGAGAAGCCUCUUAUUGGCAGAUGAGUUACUCUCUCUCUCUCUCACUUAUACUAAAUAUUUAUAAUCACAGAUCUGAACAAACUAUGAAGAAAAUAUAUAUGUAAUUAUCUUCUUUUAUGUAAUUCAUGUCCUAUCUUUGAUAUAUUUGAUGUUGGGUUGGUGAAUCUACAACUGAUUUUAUUUUUGAUUAAAUUGAAUAUAUAAUUUUCUGAUCGUGGCUAAGAAUUCUCCCAGCACCGUUCAUGUAACACUUAAUAAAAAUAUAUAUAUAUAUAUAUAUAUAUGUGAAAACCUAAAAUAUUUCAUUUAGAUUCCCGCAAAUUUCUAACCUUAAGCGGGAGUGGUAUCAUAAUUCUUAGGUAUCUCAAGCGUCAGUUACUCGUCCAUAUAUAUAUUCACCUUAAAAUUAUUUUGAUAUAGCGUUUUUCAAGAGCAACAGAGAGGAUCACCAAGUUUCAGAAAUCUGAGUACAACUCUAAAUAAGAGUUAUGAAUUUCACGGAUUCAGAGACGCAACCGCCGGAAGAUGUGCCACUUUCACAGAUGGAGUUCAGUGGUCCGCAUGAACUUGCACCAGAAUGUAACAGCUUCAAAUGGAAAGUAAAAAUCAUAGAUGCCAAUGGAGAAAUAGAACAACAAACAUUGACGACUAAAGAUAUCUGGAAGUUGCAAAACCGCAAAGUCAUUGUCCAUUUUGAUGAACGCAAUGGCCAACCUGAUGAAGACUCUGGAGGUUUAUUAGGGUCAUGGUUGGGCCAAUUGAGUCAUGAUGUUAAUUUGUUACCUAUUGACUACAGUGAUUGGAGAUUAUAUCCUCUCCACAUAAAGGAAAGAGUAUGGGAACUAAUCCAGACAAAAUUCUGGUUCGAUAGACCGGAAGCAAGAAAGGACUAUGUGCUUAGUGUAUUAGGGAGCAGAUGUAAGGAUGUUAAACGUAAUCUUUGGAAGAUCUACAAACGAAAUGAUCGAAGUGAAACAAUGCUAAAUCGUCCCACCGUAGUACCAGAUGAUCAGUGGCGAAAUUUUGUGACAGUGAGAUUCACUGAAAAAUGGAAGAAUAUGCGAGAACGGAAUAUCAAGAACCAAAGCAAGAAUACUAUACCACAUCUUUGUGGAAGAAAGAGUUUUGCGAGAAAACGACGUGAAAUUGAAGAACAAACUGGAAAAACACCGUGUCGAGCAGAAUUUUUCAUUACAAGUCGCAUGAAACCUGAUGGAAGUUUUGUAUGUGAAGAGGCAAAAAACCGUGCGGAUGAACUCACACUCUUGAUGAGUCAAAAUCCUUCAGCUGGAGGGUCAAACAAUAUCACCGCAAGUUUGGAUGAUGAAUACUCCAAAGUAUUUGGUCCAGAGCGUUCAGGACGCGUCCGUUGUGUCGGACGUGGACCUACACCUUCAAAAUUGCCGAAAUGUUCUCCUACUCCAAUAUUAGAUGCAACAAAUUCCGAAGUUGUUGAGUUGAGGUCACAAGUUUCAGGGUUGCAAAGCCAAGUCCAGAACUUGGCUGGAAUUAUUCAACAAUUAGUUGGUGCCUCUACUACUCAGACAACUGGAUCGACAACUGGAUCGACGCCAAAUUUAGCUGCUCUGUUAGCAAACUUAGCCAAUCAGCCAAAUUUUACUACUAUUUUAUCGAGCUUGGCCAAUCCACCAAAUUCUCAGGCAAUGCAAGAAGGACAUGAAAAUCGGAACGUGGGCAACUCCGGUACUUAGGAUUACAAGAUCUGGUUAUAUUAAGUUCAUUAGCUAUAUUUCUUUGUGGAUUAUGUGUUUGCUUUCUUUAAACAGUGAUAUCUACAUUUUGUUACAUUCAACUAGGUUUUAUAUUUGAUGCAUUUUUAUUUUAUCACG